CACUACUUUGACACAGCAACAGCACUACUAUAAUUUCGAUCGUGUUUACUUCUCAUCGUGUUAUUCAGCUUUGUAAUUAUGGGUAACUACGGCGCGAUGCUGCUGUUGGCCGUUGUCUCCCUGAUGGCUGGACAGGUCAUGGGUGGACCAAUGGGCUCGUCUUCUUCUGCAUACUACACCACUCCGGCGUCUUACUACACCACGACGUAUGCAGCCGCCUCUUACUACACCACAAAGGCGCCCGAGUACUAUACCACAACACAUGCUGCUCUUAACUACUACACCACUAAGGCUCCCGAGUACUACACCAUGACCUAUGCAGCUCCAACAUACUACACAACAAAGGAGCCCGAGUACUACACCACGACCUAUGCAGCUCCGGCCUACUAUACCACAAAGGCCCCUGAGUAUUACACCACAACGUACGUUUCUCCGUCUUAUUACACUGAGGCCACGAAAUAUUACCCUGCGCCGAGCUACACAACGACUGUGUCGUACUACACCACGACAGAGGCGCCCAAGUACUACGUGGCUCCAACAUACCACACAACAGCUACCCCGUCUUACUACGCUGAGCCGACAUACUACGCUGAAGCCCCCAAAUCCUACGCUGCACCAAGUUACUACACAACGGCUGCUCCUUCGUACUACGUGGAACCUACGUACUACACCACAACUUAUGCUGGCCCGUCUUACUACACAGAGGCUCCUCAAUACUACACCACGAAGGCUGCUGAAUACUAUACCACCACUUACGCUGCUCCGGCCUAUUAUAGUGAGGCUCCGCAAUACUACACUACAAAGACUCCAGAGUACACAACAUAUGCUUCGCCAAGCUACUAUACCGAGCCUCCCAUGUACUACACCACAACAUACGCCGCCCCGGUUUACUACACCGAAGCUAUCAAGUAUUAUUCAGCCCCAAGCUACUACCAGACUGAGGCGCCACAAUACACCAUAACGUAUGCUGCUCCAGUUUACUACACGGAAGCUCCUGAAUACUACACCACAAAGGCUCCUGAAUACUACACGACUAAAGCCCCGGAGGAUUACAUACAGAAGGCUGAAUACUACACCACAACGUACACUGCCCCGGCUUACUACACUGCAGCUCCCAAGUAUUACCAGACUGAGGCUCCGCAAUACUACACCACAAAGGCUCCUGAAUACUACACCAAAACGUACGCUGCUCCGAGCUACUAUUCCGAGACCCCCAAGUACUACACCACUACCUACGCUGCCCCGGCUUAUUACACCGAGGCUCCGCAAUACUACACGACGAAAGCCUCGGAGUACUACACCAAGAAAGCAGAAUACUACACCACAACUUACGCAGCUCCAUCUUACUACACUGAGGCUCCCCAAUACCAUACUACAAAGGCCCCCGAGUACUACACCACACCGUAUGCUGCACCAAGCUAUUACACUGAGCGUCCUAAGUAUUAUUAAUCGUAAAAAUACGUUGUCCGUCAAGCUCAAUAGUUAAAAAUAAUUAGAUCUUGUUUUAUUAUUUGCUGUCCUCGUUCCAAAAUGAGUAUUUCCCUGCAUUGUAUUUAUGCAAUAACUAGUCGCCCCAUACGCAUGUGGUUUAUUAACUGAAAUAUUGAAUACAGCUAUUAUGUUGUUACUCAA